AUGCCUCCAGAGCCCAGCGACGACAAACCUUCGAAUCAGGGCAAAUUUACGGCUCUCACUCAUGGGAGCCGAAGGUCAACCUCAGACAACCCACUGUUGGUUGUUAACCGUGACAAAGUCGAAGCUCCCAAAGGCGUUACUACGGGCGAGAGUGAUGAAGAGGAAGUUGAUGGCGAACUUGAGGAUGGCCUUUUUAUUGUAGAGACGAUCAAGAACCACGUGAUUGACAAAAAUGGCAACCUCGUGUUUCAGGUUAAGUGGAAGGGUUUUGAGAGCAAGAAAGACUUAACUUGGGAACCCGAGGAGAAUCUCAAGGUAUCGGGUGACGAGAUUCUCAAUGAGUAUUUUGACACGAUAGGUGGGAGGCACAAGAUCUUCGAGGAAUCAGACAGAGCGGCCAAGACCAAAAGGCGUAUACGGACGACAAAUGGCACUUUAGGCACAAGGCCUAAGCGAUUGCGACAAAACAAGGCGCAUCUUACCGAUGAGACGUUGCUUGCGACAGCGAAGAAAUGGAGUCCUCCUUCGGGGUCGUGGGAGGAUGAGAUGGAGAUGAUAGACGCUUGUGAGGAAGACGACAAUGGAAAGUUGAUCGUUUAUCUUAUUUGGAAGAACGGCCAGAAGACCAAGCAUAACACGGAGAUCAUCUACAAGAAGUGUCCGCAAAAGAUGCUCCAGUUUUAUGAGGAACACGUCAAGAUUAUUGGGAAAGAGAAAAAUGCCAUGAGAGACGGCACGAGGGCCUUCUAG